AUGAUGAACGACGAGCAUACCACCAGUAAUAUUUUUGAACAAAUUCAAAAGUUAGUACCAGGUGUAAAUCAAUGUAAAAAUGAACUUGAAUAUAUUCAAUGUAUUUCAAAUUAUAUUCUUCAUUUACAAUCUCAACUGAUCAGAAAACCGCAUAAUAAACGAGAUAUAUUACGAUCUCUUGAUUUCAAUCAACAAUCACCAUAA